AAGAAAUGAAACUAGAAUUAUCAAAAGAGUUAAAUUCAAAGUGGUGGCCAAACUUUACACCAAUUUUCAAAAAGGUGGCCAGACUUCCAAAUUUUUAAAAAAGUGGCCAAACUUUGACUCCGCUUUUUAAAAGAGUGGCUGCCGUUAAAAGCCACUAACGGGACUAACGGAAACAGGGGUAAAAAUGGGUUUUGUUUCCACCAUCAGCCUCAUCUCCCUCUCCCUCCGUCCCUCCCUCAACAUAACUGCACAAUGGACCAGAUGAUGACGAAUUAGGGGCUGAUGAGGUAGCCUCCACCCUCUUCCGGCUCUGAGUUUCCAUACAAAACCCCCUCGAAAUCACUAAUUCAAUCGUCGUUACUCACUCGGCGAUCAAACACUACUCACUCCAAAACUCCUUUUCAUCCAAAACCCCAAAAUUUCCAAACUCAAAACGCCAAAGAUCAAAACUUUAACCCUAAAACCUGCACGAAACAAAACCAAAACAAAUCGAACAACCAAACCCUGAUCACCCACAUCAGAAUCACAAUCACAAUCCAUCCACUAACUUCAAUUAAACCCGAUAGCCCUGCUAUCUGCGAUCGUCGCAGCGCCCAACACCGUCACAGCGCCGUCGCCGGUCGCCCCGAUUCCAAACCCCAUCUGCGAUCGUCACUAACCGGUGGUGACACCCGCUGCUCCCCUCCACUCGACCUUCUUUCAGAAACACCCAACUCAAGCACCACAAUAAACACCCACUUUCUUUAACACAACAGUUCAAAACCCACUGGAAAUCAACCCCAAUCUCAGCUUUACACUUGCAUCUUCAUAUUUGUGCAUCUCUUCUUAACUGGGGUUUAGAAUGAUAAAGUAUGUCGAUUGUUACAUUUUAUAAGGAUUAGACUAAUAUACCCCUUAAAAAAACCGUUCAAAUUAGUUAACGUUAAGUUUUUAACGUCUCUUUAACGACAGCCACUCUUUUAAAAAGCGGAGUCAAAGUUGGGUCACGUUUUUGAAAAUUUGGAAGUCUGGCCACCGUUUUGAAAAUUAGUGUAAAGUUUGGCCACAACUUUGAAUUUAAUUCUUAUCAAAAUGACUAUCACUUCCGGAGCACGUGCCGAAAGAAAGUGCGAUUAUUGUUUUUCUGGCGGUGGUGGAACUUCUGUACGACGAUUUGUGGUCGGUUCAGUGGCCGGUGGACUUUGCUGACCGUUGGCAAAAGAAGUAUACCAAGAUAUUAGACUUUUGCUUGUGGAAAUUUUGUAGCCUAAUAUUUAGAAAUGUAUUUUAUUUUUUAUCAAAAAAAUUAAAUUUCAUUAAUUUUUCAAACGUUCUUCAAUAAAAGAAGGACCUCUGAGUGAUAAAUUUUCUUGAAUAAUGCUUUCCAAAUUGUUUUGAAUUUUUCACAUCAAAAUUUAAUUUACCAUCAGCCUGUAUUGUCUUUUAUUUUUGCCCCCAUAAUUAAAAAGGAUACGUCAUUAUUAUUUUUUGAACAAAUAUGACUUCGAUUCCUAUAUAAGUUUGUGAAGUCAAUACUAAUAGCAUUUUUCAGCGUUGCAUUUUUGGCAACUAUGAAAGUCUUUGCAUUUCGUGUUGUCUCUAAACUCUAUCGUGAAGUAAAUAUCCAGUCAUUUGUGAACUGCAGAUAAAUUUGUAUUUAUUUGCAUUCAGCAUGCACUGAUGUUGAAAUUUGAUGGUAGAUAUUUUGAUAAUGUUGCUUUAAACCUAUACUCGCUGAUUCCAAAAUUUUGUGGGUUUGAGUUUUGAAGUGUAAAGAAAUGGACAAGUACGAGUUUGUGAAGGACAUUGGCGUCGGGAGUUUUGGCUCAGCGAAGCUUAUGAGGAACAAGGCAACUCAAGAACUUGUUGCAAUGAAAUUUAUUGAAAGAGGAAGCAAGAUAAAUACGAAUGUUGAGCGAGAGAUCAUUAAUCAUAGGUCACUCAUUCACCCAAAUAUAGUAAGAUUCAAGCAGGUGCUUCUUACGCCUACACACCUCGUGAUUGAGAUGGAAUAUGCUGCUGGUGGGGAGCUCUUUGAUCGCAUUGUAAUGGCAGGGAGAUUCAGUGAAAAUGAGGCGCGUUACUUCUUCCAGCAGUUAAUCUCAGGAGUAAGCUACUGUCAUUUCAGGAAUGUAUGCCAUAGGGACUUGAAGCUGGCUAAUACUCUUUUGGAUGGGAGCCCUGUGCCAAUCCUGAAAAUUUGUGAUUUCGGCUUCUCAAAGUCAUCUAUGCUCCAUUCAAGGCCUAAGUCGAUUGCUGGCACUCUGCGGUACAUUGCUCCAGAGAUUCUUUCUGGUUCAGAAUAUAGUGGCAAGAUGGCAGAUGUUUGGUCAUGUGGAGUGACCUUAUAUAUUAUGUUAGUUGGAGCAUACCCUUUUGAAGACCAAAAGGAGCCCAGGAAUUAUAGGAAGACGGUGCAGCGUAUACUGGGUGCUCAAUACAAGAUUCCUGACGUAGUUUACAUAUCUCAAGAUUGUAGGCAUCUCCUUUCGCGCAUACUUGUUGCUCCUGCAAGUAGGAGGAUCACAAUUGAAGAAAUCAAGAACCACCCAUGGUUCUUAAAGAACCUGCCCUGGAAGGAAUCAGAAGCUGCUCAAGGCAUUUACUACUGGAACGAUAACUCGACAUAUUCUUCCCAAAGUUUGGAGAGCAUCAUGGAAAUUGUUCGAGAGGCCAGGAAGCCAGCGAUGAAUCCUCCUUCAGUUAUUAUUAGUUCAGAGAUCAAGAGCCAACCAUCAGGAAAAGAACCAGAAGCUGCUAAAGGCAUUUACAACAGUAAUGAAAAGUUAGCCUCUUCUUCCAAGCGCUUAGAGAGCACAAAGGAGGUUAAUGAGCAAGAAGAGAAUGUGGAACAUUUGGUGGAAGAAGAAGAAGAAGAGUACGAUAAGAAAGUAAAAGAGGUCUAUGAAGAUAAACAAGUUAAGGAGGUUGAUGAAGAUAAGCAGAUGAAUAAGGAACAUGAAGAUAAUCAAGUUAAGGAGGCAUACAAAUGCAGUAUUUGCCGCAACAAAAUGAUCAAGAUGUUGUGCAGAACAUCUUUAUUUCUCACAUACGCAUUUCUGCAAAUUUCGUGGUACCAAUAGUUCUGUAAAAUUUUAUUGAUUUGAUAAUCUAAAAGAUAUUAUAUUAUGGAAGAUGUGUUGAAUAAGAAUACUGCUAAGUACAGAUGAAUUGGUCAAAAAAUGACGCGACUCUGCUAUAUAAAGUAAUUGUUAAAGUUGUUGGCCACUAUACUUUAGUUUCGCUUG